AUGCGCAUGAAAAGUAAGGUCUACGUCGCCAUGGAAAAGUGCCUUGGCGACCUUGCGCAAACGCGGGUGGAGGACGAGGUCCAGCUGUGGAACUACGCUGGGCAGCUCCUGCAGGCGGUGUGCCAUUUGCACACCUUGGGCUACCUGCACCGGGACAUCAAGCCCGAAAAUGUCCUCAGAGUCGAGGGCAAGCUCAAACUGGCCGACUUCGGCUGCAGGUGCCGUUCCACAAGCACCUGCGCCGACAUGGCCUUGGCGUUGGAGGUUGCCACCUACUUCGCCGAUUUGGCCACCACUGAGUGCUCCACCCUGUGGGUCCGCUGGCUACGUGCAGGAGUUGAGGAUGCAGAAGAAACUUCAGAGAAGCAGGAGGAGGAAGUGGAGGAGUGCCAGCCACAGUUGCGCGAACCGGUACUCUUGGGCCAAAGCGUCCGAGGUGGUGAGCGCCGAAAGGAGGAUAUGCUGCAAGAGAAGCCAGAGCUGCCCGGACCUGAUGUCUGUCACCUUUGGUGA